AUGGAUCCGGAGAAAUCGACAGAGAAGGAGGUCAUGAACAUCUCCGCACGAAGAGCGUCUGUGAUGACGGUCGAGGCGCCAUUAUCUCCAACAUCGACAUCAUCAGAAGACAGCAUACCAUUGGCGUCAAGGCCAUCUCUACGAUCACAUCACAGUCAAGACUAUCCCGCUGCCCUGACCCGAUAUCUGUCACAUGCUUCAUCAGCGAACGCCGUCGGUGGCGUUGUGAACCCGCUCGAUAGAUCAUGGACCGCAGGAACGACUGGUACGCAGGACAUGGCAUACGAAGUUGACUUCGAGGAAGGCGAGAUGGGCAAUCCUCAAAACUGGUCGCUGCUCUAUAAGGGAAUCAUCAUAUUAAUCUUCAGCUACGCCACGACAUGCACAGUCUUGUAUUCGACCUCGUACACAAGUGCCAUCCCUGGCAUGAGGGAAGAAUUCGGCAUAGACGAGACCUUGGGUAUCAUGGGCGUAACGACAUAUCUGCUAGGCAUGGCCACUGGAUCUGUUGUCCUCGCGCCUCUCAGUGAGAUGUACGGAAGAAGACCUAUCUACCUCAUUGUGAUGGCUCUCUUCGUUGUGUUCGUCAUUCCUUGCGCAGUCGCGAAAAACAUGGCCACGAUUCUGGUUGCUCGAUUCCUGGGCGCUUUCUGUGCAGCAGCUAUGAUCAGUAACGCGCCUGGCACGGUCAACGAUAUAGUGGACGGCGACCACAGAGCUCUUGCGUUCAGUGUAUGGUCCAUCGGGCCAAUGAACGGACCAGUCAUUGGUCCUGUCGUCGGUGGAUUUGUCUACCAGUAUCUCGGCUGGCGGUGGACGAAUUGGGUCGUGGUGAUAGUCAGCGCUGUGGCUUGGGUCGUUGUUGCGAUAGUUCCGGAGACAUACGCCCCGGCGCUUUUACGACGACGAGCGCGCAAACAACGGCAAGAAAGUGGGAACGAGAAGUACUGGAGCAGAUACGACGAUACGCAGAAGUUUUGGUCGCUCCUCAAGGUCAACCUAUCAAGACCAUUCGUUUUGACAGUUACGGAGCCGAUUUGCCUAUUCUGGGACGUGUAUAUCGCACUCGUCUACGGAGUUCUCUAUCUCUGCUUCGUGGCAUACCCAAUCGUCUUCUCCGAGAUGCGUGGCUGGAGCUCAGGGUUCACUGGACUGGCCUUCUCAGGUAUUGGUGUUGGUGGCAUGAUCGUGAUCGUCAGCGAGCCACUCAUUCGAAAGAUGGUCAACGCCCACAAGAAGGACCCGGAAACAGACAAACCGUAUCCAGAAGCCAUGGUCAGUGUCAUUUGCAUCGCAUCGAUCCUCAUUCCAGUCGGAGAACUUUGGUUUGCAUGGACAUGUACACCUAACGUACACUGGAUCUGGCCCAUCCUCGCGGGUAUCCCAUUUGGGAUGGGUAACGCCGGAGUUUUCAUUUACGCCUCCAACUAUCUCGUACAAUCAUACGGGAUAUACGCAGCCUCGGCACUCGCUGGAAACGCGGUCCUUCGUUCAAUCAUGGGCGCUACACUACCGCUGGCGGGUCCCUCGCUAUAUGCGACACUGGGCGCGAACUGGGCGGGCACAUUGCUCGGACUGCUAGAGAUGAUCUGCAUACCUAUUCCGUUCAUAUUCUACAAGUACGGACAUAAGAUCAGAGAGAAGAGUGCACUGAUUCGGCAAAUGUCGGAGGACCAGAGACGGAGAGAGGCGAGGCAGAAGAGAGCGGCGGACAAGGUCGUGAAGGGUGCGGAGGCAGAGGCUGCGACGGGUGCGCCGAUGGAGACUGUUGUUGCAGUCGAUGAAGCACUGGAUGUUGAGAAAGGUGUAGGGAAGCAAGGCGUCCGCGAGGUAUAG